AUGAUUAAAAUAACUGGGACUCCUGGUUUCAAGUUUUUAUCGUUGAAACCCAAAUCUUCUUUAUUGUUUAAUAUUAUGAAAUCAAAAAGAUGGUUAUCAUCAUAUAUUGAACCUAUUGCAAAAGCAGCAGUUUUUAAUAAGCAUGGAAUUCCCCAAGAAGUUUUAAGAGUAAUGACCUAUAAGUUAUCAUCUUUGACACCUUCAACUUUACACUUAAAAUUUCUCGCGGCACCAAUUAAUCCUUCAGAUAUUAAUCAAAUUGAAGGGAUAUAUCCUAUAAAACCCUUAUUUAGGAGUAGUUUAGGAGAUAAAACUUUUGAAGAUGAUCAAAAAGUUGCUGUAGGAGGGAAUGAAGGUGUAGCAGAAGUAAUUGCUGUUGGAGAGAAUAUUAAAGAUAUUAAAGUUGGAGAUUGGGUAAUUAUGAAUAAAAAUGCAUUUGGAACUUGGAGAACAUAUGCUGAAGCAAAGCCUGAUGAAGUACUUCGAAUUCCACAUGAAGGAAUCAAUUUAAUUCAGGCUGCUACUUUAAGUGUCAAUCCUUGUACUGCUUAUCGAGAUUUUGUUAUUCAAAAUGGAGCAAAUAGUGGUGUUGGUCAAUUUGUGAUUCAGAUGGCAAAGGCAUGGAAUAUCAAUACAAUUAAUAUUAUUAGAGAAAGACCCAAUCUUCAAGAGUUGACAAAUCAUCUUAAAUCACUUGGAGCAACAUAUGUAGUUAGUGAUAAAGAUAUUCAAAAAAAAAAAAAAGAUGAAUUUGAAUGGUAUAAGGCCAUUGAAGAUAAAGGAAUUGUUUUAGGGUUAAACUGUGUUGGAGGGAAAAAUGCAACUUAUAUGACAAAACUUCUUAGAGAUUCAAGUUUAAUAGUAACCUAUGGUGGAAUGUCACGCCAACCACUCACUAUUCCAGCUUCUCAAUUAAUAUUUAAAGAUUUAAAGUAUGUUGGAUUUUGGAUUUCAAAGUGGAAUAAGAUCAAUUCUAAAGAAAAGAGAUUAGAAAUGUUAAAUGAAAUAAUUAAUCUUAUUAAACAAGGUAAACUUGAAACAGCAGUUUAUGAAGAAAAUUCAUGGGGAAAAGAUGAUAUUGAUAAGGAUCAACAUAGAAUUCUGGAAAUUUUGAAAAAAGCUACUGAAGAGUUCAACAAGAUCAUUAAUAAUUAUGAUAAAAAUCAGGAACAUGAUAAUAAACGUAAACCAUCUUCAUUCAUCACGCAGAGUAAUGUCAAAACCUUCGGCAACUUAUUUAAUAAUUAUGAUGGCAAUCAAAAAAAUAAUAAAUCAUCUCCGUUAAUCACCCCAAAAAAUAUUAAAAUCGCGAGCAAGUUCGUUAAUAAUUAUGAUGACAAUCAAAAUGGUAAUAAAUCAUCUUCAUUAAUCACACAGAAGAAUGUGAAGAAUUUUCAAGAGGUGGUUUGUUAUUCGAAUAUACGAAAGAACCAGAACCAAGAUGAUGAUAACCGAUCUCAAGCAUCUCAAAUUGAUUCAGUAAUUAAUAAAAAUAAUCUUAAUAAAUUUAAAAAGUUUGCUAGUAAAAAUGAAGAUGAAUUAAAUAAAUCAUUUCAAAAAUUGCAAAACAUUGCUGCUGCUUCUAUUGAAAAUCGAGGAAAUCAUAAAACAAAUGAGAAAAGAAAACCACCACCACUUCCGCCAAGACAAAAUUCUAUUGUUGCCGAAGAACCUUUAGAUUAUAAUGAAGAAAAUUACGCCAAGGAUGAUAAUUUUACACCACCACCACUACCUCCACGUCGUGGUACAAUGACGGGUGUAGAUGAUGAACCAAGACAAAGUAGUCCUCGUUCAGCCCGACAAAAUUCUCAAUCUGUAGGAAGUCCUCAAAAAAGGACAUCUAGUAAUUCGGUUAAAAGUAAUGAAAGUAUUAAUAGUUCUGCGAAAUCACUUAGCGCUACACUUGAUAGUGAAACAUUUUAUGAAAAUAUCGAUGAUUAUCCCGACCCUGUAAGUCGUUGCUUACCUAUAGUUGGUGAAGGGUUUCAACAACACUUUGAUUGUUCGGAGUACGACUUUACUUCGAUUGAUGAAUAUGCUUGGGAAACACCCGCAUCAGAGACUAGCUCUAUUGAAAAGUUAUCAUAUUAUUUAACAUCAGUUUGGGAUUAUGACCUUUAUAAAUUACGUGCAAUUUUCGCCUGGAUCGCUCAUAAUAUUUCAUAUGAUUGUUCAGGUGCUUCAAAGUUUAGCACAGGAAAAGAUGUCUUAAGGACUAGAAAAGCUGUUUGCUCUGGAUAUAGCGAAUUGUUUAAUGAUUUGUCUUGUGAAGCAGGUUUAAAUGUCUGGAAGAUUACCGGAAAUGCGAAAGGUGCGGGAUAUCGAGUUGGGGAUGCGGGAAUAAAUGAUUAUUCACACGCAUGGAAUGGAACAAUUUAUGAAGGAGAAUAUUUAUUGUUUGAUUGUACGUGGGGAGCAGGAGUCGUUAAUAAUAAUCAAUUUAAGAGAGUUUUUCGACCAUUUUAUUUUAUGUGUUCACCACUUAAAUUAAUAUAUACGCAUUACCCAGAAAAAACAAAAUAUCAAUAUUUACAACCACCAAUAACUCGACCAGAAUUUAUUAAUCAGCCACGUUAUAGACCAGAAUUUUUCGAAGCAGGACUUUCUUUUAUACUUUAUUUUGGUUGUGAAAUUGUAGCAGUUGAUGAUAAUAUAAUUUUAGAUAUAGAGCAAGUGAAUAUUAAUAUGGGAGAUAAAAUUACUGCACAUUUGGAUUGGAAUGGUCAAAAAAUAGACACAAUUACUCAACGAUUGUCUAAACCUGGACCUAAAGGUGGUUUAAUAAAUAGAAUAAGAAUUGGAUGCCCAACUCGUGGAACAGGAGAAUUAAUCAAAAACCCAGGCACUGGAGCUAAAUAUAAAAAAUUUAUGCAAACAUUUUCUACACCUUUUUCAUGUUCAAUUAUUAAACCUAUUGUUGCUUCAUUAGCUUAUACAAAGAAAGUAAGAUUUGAAAUAAUUGUAUUUGGUCAAGAAGAUAAUUUGCCAGAUAUUUCAAUUGUAAGUCCAGGAUUUGAGAAAAAAGAACCAUUAAGACAAAUUUAUGAGAAACGUAAUGAAUUUGGUGCAUUCACUAUGGCAUGUGAUGUUCUAUUAAAUUAUAAAGGUGUAUGGAAUUUGGUAUAUCAAAAUAAGGAAAAUUCUUUCAGUUUUAUUGCCAGUUAUGAUGUAAAAUAA